AUGGAUAACUUCAAGUACUAUCGAGAGAACAGGAAUGCCAGUUGGAAGAACUCUGUUCGGCAUAACCUGUCACUAAAUAAGCAGUUCAGACGUCUGGACAAAAAAGAGGGCGAAAAAGGCUCGUUAUGGGUGUGUGUUAACGCUCCAGAGAGGCGUCUACGCUCAUUGGAGGGCUCUCCUCCUCGUAUCAAUCCAACUAUUGAGCGACUGUACAUCAAAGAGGCAUGUUAUACUAUUUGGAGUGGAAUUGCUGUCGGGGCCGUCUCACAGCUCGCCAAAGAGCCGCCCACGAAUGCCAGUGAUGAUGACCAAUCAAUAAUUGAUCGGGACGGGUUGACGGUAUGUAAGGAGAAAUCUCCCGAGACAGCGACAACGCUGUCGUCUGAAGAGAUGCAGCUAGAG